GUGGUUAGACGGAGCGCGGGCGGCUGCCUGUGUGGUGUGCUGCUGUAUUCGCGUCCGCGCCCGCGCCCGCUCCGCCCGUGCGUCCGCCUCGAGCGGGCCGCCGCUGUGCCGUAUAAAGCGGAGACGCCGGCACACUCGCACGCAGUCACCAGCAGGCCACGCUCUCCGUGCACUCCCGGCCCACGUGAUUCGGUUAAUUCGGCUGCGAGUUUAUUGUAAUUGUAACUCAAUCAGUUCAUAUCCUCUGUGAAACCGACGUUCGCGGCACAUUUGCUCAUCCGUUACAAUGGCAGACGACUGGGGAUACAGUUGUGAAAACGGUCCGGCGACAUGGACAGAGAAGUUCCCAGAGGCGAGAGGCACGCGCCAGAGCCCAGUGGACAUCGACACGACGCUCGCUAGCAGCGGCGGCUGCGCGCCCCCCCUAGUCUGGCAGUACUCCGUCAACCACACCCGCUCCGUCCUCAACCCCGGCUACUGCUGGCGAGUCGACGAGAACGGAUAUGACUCAGAACUGCGCGGAGGUCCCCUGGGCUCAGACGUGUACAAGCUGCAGCAAUGGCACUGCCACUGGGGCGCGGUGAACGGCGAGGGCUCCGAGCACACCGUGGACGGCCGCUCAUUCUCCGGAGAGCUCCACCUGGUGCACUGGAACACCACCAAGUACCACAGCUUCACUGAGGCCGCCGGUCAGGAGGACGGGCUUGCCGUCUUGGGAGUCUUGCUCAUGGUUGGGAAGAAAAACGAGGAACUGGACAAAGUGAUGAAGCUCCUCCCGUUCAUCACGCACAAAGGCGACAAAGUGACCAUGUCUGAGCCUCUGGACCCCGUCAACCUGCUGCCGAAGCGCCACGCCUACUGGACUUACCCAGGCUCACUCACCACGCCACCUUGCACAGAGUCCGUCACGUGGAUCCUCUUCAAAGACCCCGUCGAGGUUUCCGCAGAACAGUUGGCAGUAAUGCGGAAGCUGAAGUGUGGCGAAGCGGCUUUGGGGGUCGAGGCCAUGGAGCUGCUGCACAACUACCGGCCGACACUGCCGCUCGGCAACCGUGAGCUGCGCGACUACGGCGGCAACUAACCCAGCGCGGCGGCCUCUGACUGCCACCGCCGUGGCUCGUCGCGAUCUGAAGCACUCCGCUGCUGGCAGACAUACGGCGACACCCUGGGAUGACGAUGCACAUCCGUUAUUUGCGAGUUCAAGUCUGCAUAUUAUAUUAAUGACUUGCAACGAUUCUUGUUGUCCGUGUGUACUGCAUAAUUCUCGGUAGGUACUUACAGGCGCAUGAUUAGAAUUAAAGAUCCGAGUACACUUCUAUCAAUAUUUUACACGCUACAGCGUGUAAAAUAUAGUCAAAUGCGUUGGAUAUUCUGAUAAGCUUGCAAACCAGUAGUUGGUUUAAAAUAGUGCCUUGAGUUUGUCUUUCGCCUGGCAGCUCUGGAAGAAAACUACCUACUUAUAUACUUAAAAGCUAUACUGUAAUGUAAUUGAAAAUAUAUUAUCAGUAUAUUUUUAUAUAGUAUAAAACAUGUCAAAACUGCCCAACUAUAAUAUCGUCUUACGGGGUAGAUGACAAGGUAUAAAAAAUCCCUAAGUCUACUAAAAUCGAUCUUGAAGAUCCAUCGAUGGAUCUUUUCCCACUUUUAUGUCCACCAUCAUCCAUGAUUCAGAAUUUUUUUAAAAUCGUUUUUUUAGAACAAAACGUGUGUCUAAAGAUCCAAUGGGCGACACAUGCAAUCUCUCUUGUAAAAAAUAUGUAUAGUUACUCUAGAUAAUAUAGAUGUUUCUAAGAUCAUUGUGAUAAUUCAUAGACUGUAAAAUGCAGCGGAAUCAUUAAACUAUUUUUUUUUACUCUAACGUGACGUCACGUUUUCGUGUCAUUUAGUAUAGAAUAAUUAGACGAGUCUAAAAAUGUGUGAUUUUAUUUUUGUAUCUAUGAUAUCUUUAAAAGCAUUUCCUCUAGCAUAGUAUUUUUUCACUGAUGUUUCUAAUAAUAUAAGGACCUUCGAAUAGUCACCAAAAUAAAAUAUUGUCAUCUACCCUAUGAAAUAAAAUUAAAACCCAAAAAUAAAAGGAAUAAAAAAGGUAAAUAAUCGCUACAUGUAACAUAAAUUAUAAACCUAUAAUUGUUUAUGCAUUUUUUUGUAUCUUAAUUUUGUGAAGAGUAAACGUAGCCAAUGGGAAUCAUGAAUCAAACAUUAAAUUUUGGUAUAAGCAGUAUGUAGUCGCUCAUACUUAACUACAAUGACUUAAUUUGUAUAAACGUGCAAUUUAAUCCGCUUCCCAAUGUUUGUCUUGGGAUCUAGGUGUUACUUAUUUAAAUAUGUAUAGACUUAGCAAGUGCCUCGAAUAGUGACACAGUUAUGUUAACUGUGCAUAAUGGUGGUUAGGAUAUUUCACUGCGUGGUAUAUUCAACGUUUUAAUUAGUUAUAAGUUAAAAUCUGUAAACAAUGCUUAUUUAUAAUGCUACUAAUAUAUACAAAGAAAUACAUUAUUUAAAUGAA